GUACAUGAACAAUCGGCAAAAGCUAAAACCUCGGUUGGGCAUGACAAUCUAUUUUCGCAAUGUUCGCUUUCAUAAUAAGCCUUUUAUGCUCAGCAUAUUUCAUAUUAAGCCUAGUUACAGUAGCUUUGGUAAUUUAUAUCGUGUCAAGGCACGCAGAAUUCGAGGAAACAAUGUCGUUAGUUCGCUUGAGUUCAACAUGUUUUGAUGCAGUUCAAGCUGCGUUAAGAUCAUUGAGAGAAGGAGAUGCCCAAUCAGCCUCGAAGACACUUCGCUCGAUCCGACAAGACGCGUUCAUGCUGAAGCUACAAUCAACCCUCCUGCGAAAUUCUCUGGAGUCCGAAGAGAGAAGGUGUCAAAGAAGAGUGGAAAGUUUGGUCCGACAGGUGAAUAGUUUACACUCAGAGGAAACAAUGCUGAAUAAUAGGAAGAAGGAUUUAGCGAUCAAGAAGGCAGCUCAAAAAACGGCUAAACAGGAGCAUGCCAAAAAUAAACAAUCCGCUAGAAGAAGAGCGGAUGAGGCGAGGGCCAAGCAGCGCGAAGCUGAACAAAAGUUAGACGAGGUUAAGUCGAUGUGGUGGGUCCCUGUUGUUGGUCAAGUAUUGCUAGUUCGCGAGCUGCUGGAAGAUAACUCAACGAGAGCGAAGGCAGCUUACAGUGACGUGACAAAGCACGAGAUAGAUGCCGAAAGAGCUGACAGCGAAAUACGGAGGGCCGAGUCGAAAAUCAGAGAGGUCAACGAGAAGCUUGAUGACAUCGCCAGCAGAGUGCGGCAUCUAAAAGUAGAGCAAGAUAGAUCUCACAAGGAACUCGGAGAUACUCGGAGCACGACCGCGUUCGUAAUGCAAGCUGUUGCGUUCUGGGAGGAACUCAUCGAGCUUACAAAUUCAGCCACGCUUUCAACCACUCACCUGCAAAGGAUUGUGGAUAAAGCGGCCACAAGGAACACUGUGCGGAUACUUGGAAGUGGUGGAACCCGAACGAUUGUGCGCUCAUUUAGGGACUGCUGGAUGGAGGUGGCCGAGACAGUUUACUCUGGCCAUGGUUUCGUUUCAUUUACAUUGAACAACGCAUCCCUCCAUAAAGGUUUUAGUCAACGGCAUUCCCUGCUACCAAUUAAAAAAAAAAACAGAGAAUAGACCUCUACUGGUAUAGGAUGGCAGUAGCUUCGAGGCGUUAACACUUAGCUCGCCUGAUCUUGCCACCUGAAGGUGGUGGUUGUAUCACUCCUCUGGAAUUCACUGAAUUCUUAAUAAUUAAAUAAUGAUAAUAAUUUUUGUCAGCAAUUAUCAUAGCAGUUUGCAGAAAUGAAUUGCCUUGUUAGUUACAAAAGACCCAAUAAAGACACAAAUAUCUCCAA